ACAGAUUGCUGUGCUUCGUUUCCAGUUUUACCGUGCUUGGAAAGGAUCCACCAUAUUCUCUGAAUUCUUCUGCUAAAAUAUAUCAAGUGCCAAACAGCGGUCCAAGUACCCCCCCAGACUUUCUAAAUAUUCCAGCUUCGGACGUGAUCAGUAACGUAGUUAUUAUAAUUUGACACAAGCUCCAAAACUAUUUUCUGAAACAGCCUAUAUGCGACACAGACACCGACGCCUCGGUAUCGCACGUCCAAAUACACCUAGAAGUUUGUACACUAUUUUAUUGAUUUUUUACUUAGGUACAUUUGGUUAGAUUUUUCCGCUUCAAAAUGGAAACAGCAAAAAAGAGAAAAAGUUCCACAGUUUGGGAGCAUUUUGAAUUAACGUCUCCGAACAAGGUGAAGUGCCUAAUAUGCCUACGGGACCUUGUUUAUAGCAAUAACACCUCAUCAAUGCUCAGGCAUUAUCGAGCUCUUCAUGACGGUGCACAUCAUGUUGAAAAACCACAAACCAACCCAGGAAUGGAACCGAAGGAGCCAACGAAAGUGGUGCUGCUGGCAUGUGGGUCCUUUAACCCCAUAACAAACAUGCACCUGCGGAUGUUUGAACUGGCCAGGGAUCACCUUGAAGACUCGGGCCAGUACAGGGUGGUGAGAGGGAUCAUCUCCCCAGUGGGAGAUGCCUACAAGAAGAAGGGUUUGAUCAAGGCAUACCACCGUGUGGAGAUGGCCCAGCUGGCAUCAGAGAGCUCAGACUGGGUCAGGGUGGAUGCCUGGGAGAGUCAGCAGAUCGACUGGCUGGAGACGGUCAAAGUGGUGCGACAUCAUUAUGAAGAGCUGGUGUCCGGACAGCAGCACAACGAUGAGGUGGACACCAUCAAAUACGCCAAGAAAAGGAGGAUUGCAGAACAUGCUUAUGAAUGCCCGUCCUCCCUUCACACGAGAAAAGAUGGUCCUCAGCUCAUGCUGCUGUGCGGCGCUGACGUGUUGGAGUCCUUCGGCGUUCCCAACCUCUGGAAGGCCGAAGACAUCACCGAGAUUGUCGGCCGCUACGGCCUGGUCUGCAUCACCCGCAGCGGCAACGACCCCCACAAGUUCAUCCACCAAUCGGACACUCUGUGGGAGCACCGCAGGAACAUCCACGUGGUGCGCGAGUGGGUGACCAACGAGAUCUCUGCCACCCACGUCCGGAGGGCCCUGCGUCGGGGGCAGAGCGUGCGGUACCUCCUGCCGGACCAGGUGGUGAGCUACAUCCAGCAGCACAGCCUCUACAGCACGGAGAGCGAGGGCAAGAACGCAGACGUCCUCCUGGCCCCGUUUCAGAGGAACGCCUCCUCCUCCUCCGUCAGUUGAGGGGGCCUCAUCGUCCUCUUGCUACCUCAGAGACAAACUGUGUCGUUUGGGAGCCACUGUGGAGAGUAUCUCUCUGGUUACGAGCGGGAGGGGGGGGGGGGGGUUGUGGCUGCACAGUUUGUUUGUUUUUUAAAUCAAUGUUGACUUUGAUACACUGAACUGAAGACACUGUGACUUAGGAUCCUUUCAUCAACAGUGCCUCUUACCUCUAGUCUGAUAGAUUUUGAUUGAGCUUGUCAUGCGACCUCUCUCUGACAUUUAGGGUACAGAUAGAGGUCUGAACAUCGAUAUAAAUGACAGUUUAAACUAGGUAUAGUCCAUAUAUAUUAGAUACGGUUUCAACAUAAACACUGUCAGUGUAUUCCAAAGAAAACGAUGGGAAGUAAGUGCAAGUGCAUUACAUCUGACAAGAUAGAACUGUUGUUGAUUAUAACGUAUUGAACGCAACACAACACUGUUUACCACCAGAACGUUUGUCACAGAAAAUACUCAAACUCCUUUGCAGCCCUAAAAGAAGAGUUAUGUGUGUUUCUACCAGUCAUUUAACAUGGGAUGCAUGGCUUGUCAUCUUGUGAGAUGUGUAGAUUGGCAAACUAAAUAUAUGGCUUGUAUUGAAAUAAAAAAAAAUGUUAAA